AGAGAGAGAGAGAGAGACUCGCGGCGGCUGCAGGUGAACAGAAGUGGUUGGGAUACUAACUGCGGGACUGAGAAACACGCUUCACGGGACCACUAUUAAAACAGGCGUUGCAUGGAAAUGCUGUGUUUCUUCUGUCCUUCCGACGUAUUCGUCUUUGCCUCCAGCAACUUGAGAAUCUGGAACAAACCGUAGGCUACUCUGUUAAAUCGAAGGGAAUUAGUUUUUUUCGAUACGGGGCUCACUGAUGUGUAAGGACAGCUCCUAAGAACAAGAAACGUCUGUGUAACAGGAUUAUUAUUGACAAACGUAUAUUUCUUAUUUUGGAUAUAUUUCCACUUGUAGAUUUAAAGAAUUUACUAGCCUAUCUGAUACUGACGCUGGCAUCGUGUUUUACAUCUAUCACUGAUUUGCGCUUUGACAUACACAAAAUAAUGUGGGUAUUUACGCGAGACUACGGAGAAUUUGCAACAAAAAUGUUAAUUAUAUUCGGUAUCCGUUCAUAAGGCACCAGCGAAGACUUUGCUACGUAGGGUGCACCAGUCUCCGGAUAAGGACUGAAGUGAACGUGUGCCUUGUGAUGAAUAGGAUAUCGCCGAGCUUAACUUCUUGGAUGGAAGAUUUUCGUUUUAUAAAAUGAAUUUAAACACCUUUGCAGAACGAGUCCAACCUAAAAAAAGAGAAAUCGUUGUGGAAAAAAUAAACAGUAGUGGUUUUGAAUGACUGACCCUCGGUUUCGGCGGCUCCUCGUUGUGAUUUAGAGGCUUGUCGCAGAGCGGAGUCAUGCGGCAGCGAGCUGCAGAGGAAUUGUUUCACAGCUGUGUGCUCGUGCUGCCGCUGCUGCUGACGCGGCUGGCGGCCAAACAGGUGCUGCUGUACCGCGCUGCCGAGGAGGGACCGCGCAACCUGCGCAUAGGCAACGUAGCCUCCGACCUUGGGGUGGCAGUGGGGUCUGAGGAGGUCACUUUCUCACUGGAGUCCGGAUUCGACUACCUGAAAAUCAACAACUUCACUGGAGAGCUGAGCACAAGCAGUCAGCGGAUUGACAGGGAGAGACUCCAGCAGUGUCAGCUGGUGUUUGAUGAGAAAGAAUGUUUCAUAGAGUUUGAGGUGUCUGUGAUUGGGCCAGCGCAGAGCUGGGUCAACCUUCUAGAGGGGAGGUUGGUCAUUUUGGACAUUAAUGACAACACGCCAUCUUUCCCCUCCCCAGUAUUGAGUCUGUCUGUGGAGGAGAACCAGCCUAUCGGCACAUUAUACCUGCUCCCCACGGCCACAGAUCCCGACUUCGGCCGUAACGCCGUGCAGCGCUACGAGCUGCUGCAGGGGGGUGGGCACGGGCGUGGGCGGGGCCGGGGGCGGAGCAGUGUGUUUGAGCUGCAGGUUGCCGACACACCUGAGGGGGGGAAGCAGCCACAGCUGAUCGUUAAAGGCGACCUGGAUCGGGAGAGGCGGGAAUCCUACGACCUCAUCCUGCGAGCCUGUGAUGGAGGAGACCCACCUCGAACUGCCCAGGCCUCCCUCAGGAUCACUGUCACCGACACCAACGACAACAGCCCCAGGUUUGAGCGUGCGCAGUAUGAGGGGCAGUUGGAGGAGAACACCCCAGCGGGCGUGUCCGUGCUGCGGGUGCGAGCGCUGGAUUUGGACAUCGGGCUGAACGGGGAGGUGGAGUACUCUCUGGCCCCGGGUCCAGGGGUGGAGGUGGCAGGGCGGUUCCUGCAGGUGGAGCCGAGCUCCGGCUGGAUCAGCGUCCUGCAGCCCGUUGACCGCGAGGAGAUCGGCCAGCUGCGCUUCGCCGUUACUGCCCGAGACCGGGGCCAACCGCCACUGUCCGCCACCGCCUCUGUGCUGCUGCAUGUGCGCGACCUCAACGACAACGCCCCCGCUGUGGAUAUACGCAAGAUCGGCCGCAUCCCGCUGCGCCAGGGCUUGGCCCGGGUGCCAGAGGAUGUAGUGGUGGACACACCUGUGGCGCUCAUACAGGUGUGGGAUCGAGACGAAGGGCAGAAUGGGGAGGUCACCUGCACUCUGGUGGGGGAUGUCCCAUUCCAGCUAAAACCCGCAGGUGGAAUGGCAGGUGUGGCAGUGGGCGGGGCUAAUGGGAGGAAGUACCUCCUGCACACAGCAGUGCCACUGGACUACGAAGCAGCGAAGGAGCACCACCUGCUCAUUGUUGCUGUGGAUGCCGGCAGCCCCGCCCUGACAGGAAAUAGCUCUCUGACGGUGGAGGUGGGGGACGUAAACGACCACGCACCCCUUUUCCUGCAGGGGGCGCUGGAGGCAGCGGUGCCGGAGAAUAACGCUCCUGGGGAGACGCUUGUGCGCGCCGAGGCGCUGGACGCGGAUAGCGGGAGGAACGGAGAGGUGCUGUACUCUCUGGACUCCUCUGCUCACGCUCUGUUCACCAUCAACCCCUGGAGUGGGGAAAUAACCGCCAACAGCAUGCUGGACCGCGAACAAGGGGACAGGUAUGAGUUUCGGGUGUGGGCCACAGACCGGGGCAUCCCCCCCCUGCAGAGCUUCGUCCCUGUGCUGGUCCGUGUGCUGGACCUGAACGAUAACAGCCCCGCCUUCCUGCACCAUGUCUUUACCUUCUACACCCACGAGAACCUGCCGGCCCACAGUCCCAUCGGCAUGGUGACGGCCACGGACGCAGACGAAGGCCGCAAUGCGGCGCUGAGCUUCUUCAUCGUGCAGGACGAGGACGAAGAGGAGGAUAUGCUCUUCAUCUCCAACACUACGGGCAUGAUCUGCACCAGACGGGCCUUGGACCGGGAGGCACGGGCCGUGCACAGGUUUGGGGUGACCGCGGUGGAUGGUGGGGAUCCCCCCAGAUCCUGCUCCACCACCGUCACCCUCUUCAUCACCGAUGAGAACGACAACCCUCCUCAAGUGAUCACCCCUGGCAACACCUCCUGCAGCCUGCUGCCUCCCUCCAGCCCCCCCCACACCACCGUGGUGACGGUGGUUGCCAUGGAUGCAGAUGAAGGGCAGAAUGCGGAGCUGCAGUUUGGGCUGGUUGGGGGGAACCCCUUCGGCCUGUUCAGUGUGGACCCUGUUGGGGGCGCUGUGACUCUGGUGGGGGUACUGGAGCGGAGGCAUGUGGGGCUGCACCGGCUGGUGCUGCAGGUGAGAGAUGGGGGGUCCCCCCCCCUCCACACCACUGCGCUCGUACACGUCUAUGUCAAUCACACCCUCAGUAAUGCCAGCCAGGUGCAGAUGGCCGUGUCUCGCAGUCUGCUGCUGCCCCUGUCCCAGGACGUGGCCGGAGAGCCCCCAGACUGGCUCCACCCCCAGGGCCUGAGCAUGGCCAUCGGGGCGCUGGCUGGGGGCGUGGCCGUGCUGCUGCUUAUCCUGCUGGUCGUCAUGGCGAAUCACUGUGCCCCCAGAAGCAGGAAGGGGUACAAGGUGGGGCGGAGGGAGCCUCAGGAAGAGCGGUGUGGCGCCGAGGACGACAGGCAGAGAGCCAUGGGGCGGUACAGUGCUGUGAGAGAGGGCCCUGGCAGCCCUGACCUGGCCCGACACUACACCUGCGCCCCCCCCCUCCCCGCCCUCCGGCUCCACCCACACUCACCCCCAUACCCCACCCACCCACACCUGCCUCCAGCCAACACCUUUGUCUCCAUGGCAACCCAGUGCCAUCCAGAGCACAGCUACCAGUCAGACAAUGUGUACAGCAAACAGUCCCUGCGGCGUGUGGCUAUUUCAGUGACGGGCAGGUCUCAGGACCCCAGUGGCUAUGACAGUGGGUUGGAGGACUCAGACACUCCCAGCAGCACAAGCUCCACCCCCUUGGCCCCCCCACCGCCGGACCUGGCCCCUCCUGAAGAAAACCAUGAGCAGAGCAUAUCUAAUGGCAAUGUGGGAAACACAGAGGACAGUGAGAAUGAGAGCAGGAGGUUGCCAGAUGUGACGAUGACAGGAAAUCAGCUUCCCCACUCUGCCCCCUGCUGCCUGCAUGCCAGAACUGUGCCUGCCAACCGGGGAGCACCCAGCCAGGGACACACCCUCAGGAAAAUGACCUCACCAAGCAAGAGGAUGACCUCAUGGUCUUAUGACAGCGUACGCGCCAUCAGCCUGGGGGGGCCAGGGGGCGGAUCCCCACUGGUUUCACAGACAGGGGGGAUCAGGACCUCCUCCUGCCACACACUGUCACACUGAGAGCUGUACCUGUGACAGGUCAUCUGUACCCCCCACAGAGAGCUGUACCUGUGACAGGUCACCUGUACCACCCACAGAGAGCUGAACCUGUGACAGGUCACCUGUACCUCCCACAGAGAGCUGUACCUGUGACAGGUCACCUGUACCUCCCACAGAGAGCUGUACCUGUGACAGGUCACCUGUACCUCCCACAGAGAGCUGUACCUGUGACAGGUCACCUGUACCUCCCACAGAGAGCUGUACCUGUGACAGGUCACCUGUACCUCCCACAGAGAGCUUUGUGAAUUUUGUGUGUAAUUAUCCUUUUCCCCAUCCACGAUUAGUUUGUGUGCGUGCGUACAUGCAUGCGUGCAUGUGCGUGAGACAACUCUUUUUCCCCUUCCUGAAUCCUGUACAUGUUGUUUAGAGGGGUACUGUAUGGCUAGCACAUGUAAAUAUGUGUCUGUUGCUGCAUGUUUGGAGUGAAUUUACUUCAGCUUGUGACAAGAGUUAAAGAUGUGAAAAUGCUAAAAUGAGGGAAGGGGGAAUUCUGUGCUGUUGGCACCUUUUAUCAGGAUUCUUCAACUUCAUUUCUCUUCCUGAUAACUACUGUGUAUAAAAUUCCUGAUUCAGUAAAUCAACUUGCAAAUAUAUUCUGGCAUGGUUCUGAAUUCUGUUUAAUAUAUAAUUUUUAAUAAAAAAUAAUGAUUAUGAUUA